AGUGGUCGCUGCGCCCUCAAAGCGAGAGGACAGCCAAGUGACCUCCUGCCGCCCUCCCACUUGACUGACUGAGAGGCAAAAGUCAAGGCGCCUUCCUCAUCAUUUUAAUGCAUCCUUGAGUACUUCUGCAAUAAAAACACACGCGCUCCGAGGCCUUCGGUCAAGUGGUGCUGCAGCUCAGGAGGCGCGAGAGCUGUCUGCUUGUCCAGUCAACGAUAAACGAGAACAUCAACAAUGUAUCAGACAUGUCACUGUCAGAACAAAUAAAUCUGACAUCUGCACACCAAGAGGAGGAGAGGGAAAGAAGCUGCCAGUGUCUGAGUCAAGAGGCCUCAAGUCCAGCGCCAGAUGUCAUCGGGAUGUAAUCACAACCAGAGAAAAAGCACAGUUGUGGCAAUCGCCUUCUAUUACCUCGCACCAAGGCACGCACGGAAGGCAUGACAAGCAUCUCCCUUGAUGGGACGGCAGUGAUUCAUGAUGCUCAGAGAGAGAUAAAAAUACAGGAGUGUAAGAAAGUGUUAGUGUUGAUCCACUUACCUCUAAUGACUUCUUGUGUGAGGUGACGGGCAGCGUGAACCGUUCAGUUGAUGUGGUGGGUUCCUGUCACGCCACGCCCUCUCGCCCCGCAACCUCGCUCUGGAAAACAGGGCUUGCCACACCCUUCUUUUUCCUUUCAUUUCGGUGUGCCAAACCUGCCGACUCGUUAAGUUCUGCGUGGCGCUGCGGAUGAAAACAUGAAACAUGUUCUGUGUCAAAAGUGUACCAUGAAAUAAGAAAAAAAUGUACGGAUGUAAAAAGUCUCAAAUACGCGAUUAUCAAAACCCCUCUCGCGAGUGAUAGUUUAAUACAUGAAAUACAAAAGAUAAAUCCUUCACGAUGGUGUAACCGGUUGCAAUGUUAGUGCCAGAGAGGGUAAGAGGACUGUAGAAAUCCGCCUCGUGGUGAAUAUAACGUCCCGCCAAAGAGCCAAUUUGGCUCAUGCUUAUGAGCAAGACUAUUCGUGUUUGCUGCGACUUCUAAGUGAUAUCUUACGACUGGGGCAGGAAGGUGACUCGCCUUCUAGGAGCUGGUGAACUGUACGGUUACUGAGAAAGUGAUCUCCGGAGCCGUGACGGUACGCGGUAAAGAAUUCGUACAUUCACGUGCAAUGUGAUCGACAGCAUGGAAUCAGGGAAGAUGGAUCAAGCUGAUGAGAUGUCAUCGUGCACUGAUACCAACAAUAAUGACAAUAGCAGCAACACCCGCGGUGAGCAGCGGCGACCCACUCGAGUAGCGGAAAAGUAUGGGUUACGACCUCGGACUAUUAUCAGGCGGCUGCAGCUGGAGAGAACCCGAGAUGACACGCCUCAGAGGCAAUUCAAAACAUCGAAAAAUCGGCCUCCACCUCUCUCUAAGUACAGGAGAAAAACAGCCAAUGCUCGUGAGAGACAUCGCAUGAAAGAAAUCAACGACGCCUUUGAAACACUUCGCCGGGUGCUGCCAGACUUCUGCAGUCGGCGCGCGGCUGCGGCCAUGACUAAGAUUACUACUCUGAAGCUGGCCGUUAGUUAUAUAAGGGCACUUUCUCACAUCCUCGAGGACGGUCACCCAGGGGACAUUACGUUUUUCAACGGCUUGAACUUGGCAGAUAUCUCUAUGAGCAGGUCUCUACCCCAGCCGCCUCCCCACACUCACUCUGUUCACUACGGCAACGGCAGCCUCAGGACUCCUGGGCCGACUGAGUUUUCCUCCCCCGCAGUAUCGACCGCUGCGUCCCAUACGCUGCCACGCACCUCUCUGGGUAGCAGCAGCAGCAGCGAUUUCAGUGAACUACUCUCUGAUGACUCUUGUGUCUUCGAGGACAACCUUGAUGCUUUUGAUGACAUUCCUGCCCUGCCUGAGGUUGACCCCUUCGCUCUACUAACGCCAGACACAGAGCCCCUGGCGCUGACUUCCUAGCGGCAAAGUCUCAGUCUUCUCAGUUCCAAGAUACGUUGGUAACUUUCUGUUAACUGUAAAUAUCAAUGUUUUGAUACGUAUAUAUCAAGAUAAGUGUGACGAUGUACUCGUAAAGACAGUGCCAUAUCUACAUAUGAAUGAAGAGGCCAGUGGUAGCACUUGAAUAGCACAUGAAGUAGACUUUAAAAAUGUUCACUGCUUUACAUUUCGAUUUUUCUUCUUUUUCAAAUUCAACGAUAUGUCGUCUGUUCUAUCAACAUCUCUCAAACACUUAACCUGCGUCUCCGCUGUGUCUCCACGGAGGCACGAUGGCAGCGGUCGCAUACUUAACAGAUCGUAAUAGCAAUUUUGAAAAGCAAUAUUAUAUUUUUUCCUUUCAAUCCUUCACGUUCCAUUUUUCGCGCUUUGCCUUUUUGGAGCGAUUUCUAGUCUAGGAAAAAGGAACCGUUUGUUAUAACAUUGUCUUGUUUUGUCAACCUGGAACUGAUUGGACUGUGAAGCAAAGGUGAAGUCUACUAUUAAGAGUGAUAUUUAGAGAAUGGCUGUGGUUGUUCGAGGUUUCACAGUCAAACUCUUCAAGAAGCUUCUCAAGUCAAAAGAAGAAAACAACUUGUAACCGUCAUGAAACACACACACACACACACACACACACACACACACACACACACAGCCAUCAGGUGUAUAAGAGCGAGCGAAAAAUUAAACGAACCAUCAAGUGCGUGCAUGAACCAACUGAUUUAACGCAACAGUUUAGUGUGUACACGUCGGCCAGCCUGGGUGAGGGCGUCCAGGCGGCUUCUGUGGAUCAGUGUGUGAGUCGGGUUGUGUUCCCGUGAAUGGACGUGGUUGUGCCAUAAGUACAAAAUAGACACCCGCAGGAAGUUUUGUGCCUCGAAGUGUAGUAACGAUCAGGAUUCUACCACCGUGCCUCGCCACGCCUCCCUCCAUCCUCGCCUGUCCCACUCCCUCCUCGCAGUACUCACCUCUCCCCGCCCUCAAUUGGUGGGGGAUGGGGGGGAAAGGGGCACCUAAAGCGGAUCACUAGGGAGGAGGGUGGAAGAGAGGCAGUUGGUGCUCGUGCUAGCGACGAAACUACAAAU